AUGCCAGGUGGAAAGAAAGGACCAACCGCGGCAGGUCCGCCACGCAGAGAUGUGCUGGCCUCGCUACGCAUGGCCUCAAUGGAAGACAUCUCCCGAGCUGCGCUUCCGGCAGAAAUCGUGUCUUCUAUUCUUGACCACGUCGGUCCCGUCGAUUUGAUACGCGCAGCGCGGUCCUGCAAGCUUAUGCACGAGAUGGCCUAUGAUGACACCCGCUGGGUACACAAACUGAAACGAAUCGGAUGCUGGGACGAAGUCGACGCCAGAAAACAUGCCGAGCAUGUCUUUGGAACAGUCGCUAACAAGCAGGUCGUCGAGCAGCAAGAAGAGGGUGGUGGCAACGGAACGAUACCUGCGAUUAUCAUUGAAGACGAUGCCAGCAAUAUGAACAGCCUGUCUGAUGGAUUUGAUAAGAUUGAGUUGGUAAAUACGACGUCGCAGACUGACAUGUUGGAAGGCCUGAUGGAUGAUCCUACCCUGACAGUGCUGAAGCAGGCCAGGUCAAUCCGGGGUGAGGCUCGUCAGGAAUACGGCAAGAUUCAUGCUGCAUUGUCGCCUUUCUACGAAGACAUUGCACGGCGUGGGCCGUCGUCUGACAACCUGGUUUUCACCAAAUAUAAAGAUCCCCAGGCCCAAGCGCAGAUUCUCGCGCAAUUACUGGCAUUUUCUAAAUGCGAUAUGACAGAAGGAUGGGAUGAAAGGCUGGAAAAUCUGCAGGGUACAAUGUCCAUGUUUGAGACUGCCGCCUUGAAUGAGUUCCGCCAAGGAUAUGAAACAGACGACAUUGAUGGGAACAUGCGAAAAUAUGCCCACAUCUUGUGGACACUCAAUGGAGGACAAUCUGCCGUGGACCUCUUCAUCCAUCAUAAUCACCUGAUGACCCGAAAGUCCGAGUUUGGAAGCGUCUCUGACUGCAUUGAUGGAUUGUCUGGUCAGAUAAAAAUGGAGCACACGCAGGCUUUCUUCACACGCCUCAGUGUUGCUUUCAACGAGCAGAUAUCCAUAAUGAACCGCGUCUUCCCCCCAUCGUUGGAUGUGACAUCAACUUUCAUGGAAAAGGUCGGGCAAGAUGUGCUUUUUCCUUUCCUCACAGCCAUCUUCGACGAGUUGCACCGUGUCAGUAUCGAGUCAUAUCUGACUGCGAUAUCAAUGACAUUCGUUCAGUGCAUGAAUCUCUCUGAAGCUUUGCUUCCUACAAGAAGCUCCGAAACCAAGUUCGAUGAAUAUCUUGAUAAUGUCGUGAUCAAGAUUUAUGAGCCGCAUAUUGAUCUGUAUCUGGCAGAAGAGCUGGAUUAUUUCAAGAAAAACUGCGAGGCCACAGUCUCUGAAUGGGACCGGCAGCUCUCUGAACAAGCGGCAUCAACCGAGUCCUUUUUGAUGUCGAACAUCAACCGUCAGGCCGAUAAACGAGAUUUCCUCACUUCUUUCAAGAAAGUGAUCAUGAUGCCUGUCAAUAUCCUGCCUAGUUUCUCGAGCGCAAAAACAAACGAAGAGCCGAAACCCGACACAGAGAACAGUGACAGCCCUGUGGCGCCGAAGAGUCCAAGUCGAUUCUCGACAAUAUCAUCACCCGCCCCGGUGGUUGUUGAAGAAGUCCCUACCACAGAACUGGCAGCCAAGGCGGCUAUCAUGAAGUCAAAAAUGGAGGGUAUCCGCUCAUUGUUCAGCAUUGAAAUUGCUCUUGGCCUAGUCCAUUCGGCCAAAUCAAGCCUAGAAAGAGCCGCUCAAUUUGUACGGCUUGGCGGCGAGUUUGGAGUGGCAGCUAAGCGACAGUGCCAGGCAAUCUUUGUGAAUUUGCUCCGCAUCUUGGGACACCGACACGUCAUCGUCGGCUUCGACAAAGCAGUCAGCCAUCUCUCCAACUACCGACCCCGCGAACAAGGGGAACGAGACCAAUCCGGAGUCGAGCCUCUCGUGACAUUCUUGGAGCUGGUCAACGUCGGUGACCUCAUCUUGCAGAUGAUGGAUGUAUUCUACGAGCAGGAGUUGAUCGGUACCAGACUUACCGAUCGAAACGACUUCCUAGAUCCAGCCGUAAAAGAGAAGAAGAAGUUCGAACAGAUGCUCGACGAACGGGUCGCGGCUGGCCUGAACAAGGGUAUUGACGUCCUCAUGGAAGAAGUGGACUACAUCUUGGCAACAAGGCAACUAGCCACCGAUUUCAAUCCCGGUGUUUCCGCCGACCCACACCGACAGACCAUGGACGUCGGCAUCAGUGAAGUCGCUGCGGCAGUAGUAGACGUAGUAUCAUCGCAUACGCAGAUGCUCGUGGGAAGCACCGACAAGAGCACACUAGACGUGUUUAACCAAGAAGUCGGACUCCGCCUCUUUACAGCUCUCUGUAAACACCUCAAGCGACAGCGCAUCAGUGUAGAGGGCUCACUGAAGCUGAUCAGCGACAUGAACCAUUACUUCAAGUAUAUCCAGACCCUGAAAAACAACGAGCUCCUGCUCUAUUUCACGGCGUUCCGUGAACUUGUACAGAUUUACCUGGUUGAUCCAGGUCACGCCAAAGAACUGGCCACUCUCAUCGCUGAUGCUGAGCGGUUCCAUGGAAUCUGGCGCGUGGAGGAGGUUUAUGAAUUCGCGGAGCGCCGGGCCGAUUGGUAUCAGGUCAAGAGGGAUGUGGAACGAGCCAUGUAUGGCAUUGGGUGCAAUGUGAUGUAG